UAAGUAGUUAAGUGGAUUUUACUAAUUAUAAUUUAUAAAAGUUAUUAAUGAUUAUUAUUAUACCCUAAAGUAUACGUAAUUACUUCACUUUAAUAAUAUAUUGUGAUAAUAGAAUUUUAUGUAAAAUGUUAUAAAUUUUAUUUUUAAAGAUGAACUUUUAUGGUGUUUUUAAAGGCUUGUAUAUUUUUAUCAUUUGUAUUGGAGAUUUUGUACAAGGAACUAAAUUAUUUAGCAAAAAUGAUUUAAUAAAACUAAGAGAAGAAGUAAGACAAAUGUUUCAACAUGCAUACAAUAGCUACUUAAAAUAUGCAUACCCUUAUGAUGAAUUGCGCCCUUUAAGUUGUGAUGGUAUAGAUACUUGGGGAAGUUAUUCUCUAACAUUAAUUGAUGCACUGGAUACAUUAGUUAUUAUGGGAAAUUAUUCUGAAUUUCAGAGAGUAGUCAAUAUUUUAACCACCAAAGAAAAUUUUGAUGCUAACAUAAAUGUUUCUGUAUUUGAAACAAACAUCCGAAUUAUAGGAGGACUGCUGAGUGCACAUUUAUUAUCAAAUAAAGCAGGGAUUGAAACUGAACCUGGCUGGCCAUGUAAUGGACCUCUGCUUCGAUUAGCAGAGGAUGUUGCCAAAAGAGUUAUUGCAGCUUUUGAUACAAAGACGGGUAUGCCAUAUGGCACAGUAAAUUUAAGACAUGGAGUGCCCCCAGGGGAAACAACAGUUACAUGUACAGCUGGUAUUGGUACUUUUAUUUUAGAGUUUGGAGCACUAAGUAGAUUGACGGGAGACCCAAUAUAUGAAGAAGUGGCUUUAAAUGCCCUUUACGCUCUUUAUAAUCAUAAAUCUGCAAUAGGACUGUAUGGGAACCACAUUGAUAUAGCUACAGGGCGAUGGAUUGGAUUGGAUGCUGGAAUUGGUGCAGGUGUUGAUUCUUAUUUCGAGUAUUUGGUAAAAGGUGCUAUUUUGCUUCAGAAACCGGAACUUAUGAAAAUAUUUAAAGAAGCCAGGGUAGCAAUUGACAAAUAUUUAAAAAAAGAUGAUUGGUAUUUGUGGGUUUCAAUGAACAAGGGGCAAAUAACUAUACCUGUUUUUCAAUCAUUAGAUGCCUUUUGGCCAGGGUUACUGAGUAUGAUAGGUGAUACUGAGUCGGCAAUGAGAACUCUACACAAUUAUCAUCAAGUGUGGGUACAGUAUGGAUUUACCCCAGAAUUUUACAAUAUAAUCCAAACAGAAGCAGGGACGAACAGGGAACAUUAUCCCUUAAGACCUGAGUUGAUUGAAUCUAUUAUGUAUCUAUACAGGGCUACUGGAGACCCUUAUCUACUUCAAAUGGGAGUUGACAUACUCAGAAGUAUACAACACAGUGCAAAAACACCCUGUGGAUAUGCAACGAUUAAAGAUGUUAGAGAUCAUAGAAAAGAGGAUAGGAUGGAAUCGUUUUUCUUGGCAGAGACAACCAAAUAUCUCUACCUUCUUUUUGAUCCUGAUAAUUUUAUACAUAACCAAGGUCAACAUGGAACAUUAAUUAAUACACCUAAUGGUGAAUGUGUAAUCAAUGCGGGUGGUUACAUUUUCAAUACUGAAGCUCACCCUAUCGACCCAAGUGCCCUUCAUUGCUGCUACAACAUGCCAAGGCUAAAGCUAUUCAACGUCAGUGAACUCAACGCAAAAAGUAAACUUUUUAAAGGAGAAAAUCGAAAAAACAAUGUGAGAAAAAAGACAAACGGAACUGAAGAAGCAAAAAGCGAAAUGAAAAGUCAACAUCAGGAAAAGAACAAUCAAGAACAUCUUGCUGUGGGGCAAAUAAAUUUAGAAUUCGUCGAGGGUUUUGAUUUCGUUAUGAAAAAUGAAAACAUGGAAGAGGGGAUUAUCGAAGUUAAGUUUGUGAAUGAGUCAAAUGAGACAGUUGUUUUGAAGGAAUACUUGAAACAAAUAUUUUAUGAAAAUAAAAGUUUAAAUGAAGGUAUAUUUAAAAGUGUACCCGAGAAACAUAAUUAUAUAGUCAAUAUCACUGGUCAAAACGAUUAUAGUUUAUUAACUUGUAAAGCCCAACCUUUCCUUCAUAGAUUGGCAGUUUUAGGGGAACUAUUUAAUGGGAAAGAUGUGUACUAGACUUUGUUGACUUAUUAUUUUAAUAAUAUAAAUGUUAUU